GGGAUGGCGCAUGGCACAACAAUAGAUAUGCAGGGGCAUGCCGGGCCGGCUCACGCGUGUUGAACCGUUCAAGCGCCGAUGACAGGGGCUUUCCCGCUACCCGAUACAUCCCAGUGGCGUCUGCACGUCCAACUCUCAGCCCGCUAGCAGCGUCCCACUGUGGAACUUGCCAUCGGCGAAAAAACAUGCGCCUUUCCCCGUCAACGACUUCCUGACAUUCGUUGCUGCGUUUUGCUGCUGCAAGUCUCCGCUGCUGUGCUCUGCGUGGACGAAGCACAGCGAGGAGUCGCUGCACUGUACCUGAAAAGACUGCAGGCAGUUUCAGGGGCGGUGCUCAACGAUGAGCGAAUUCAAGCAGUCUUUCGUGCGCGGAAGCGCUAGCAGCAGUGACGUGGCCACCAGUGCCGAGGACGCAGGCACCUCUUCAAGCGGCCCCGGCUCCCCACUCAGUCGCAGUAGCGCGCUGGCCGGCGUGGCGCUACUGGCGACGCCCAGCGGUUGUGGCAGCAGCAGCAUUACCAAUCCCUUCGACGUGGAGCCGGAGCAACUCACUCAGCCGUCCUGUUCGCCGUCCAUGUUCUUGUCGAGGAGUCGCCAGACACCGGGAUCGCGCCGGUCGUUUCGGUGGUCGAUUGAGCAGAUGGCCGGCUUGUGGCCCGUAAACAUAGAAGAGGAGCAAGAGCCUAGUCUUCCACAGCCUGCUAGGUAA